AUGCCACCCAAAGCAGCACCCCGCCGAGGGGCGGCCGCUGCAGCCACCACCCGACAAAACGAUGCAGUUGAAGGCACACCCGCGAGUUCUGUCUCGACAUCGACGGCGGCUGCACGGGCGCCCGUGCAGCGACUUCAAUCGCUGAAGAAACGUGCCCCCUCGGGCAGCAUCAAGCCGACAGCCGGCGUGGGGGACGGAGAGACAGCGAAGCCGGCACUGAAAUACAAGCCUCGCGCGGUGGGGCGGCGAAGUAAGGAGGAACGAGAAGCAAUUGAGAAACUCGAGGCGGAACGGCAUCGGGAGCGAUUGGCGGAGGCAGCGGCCAUUCAGCGCUCUCAGGGCAAUACCGGACCUGGAGGGAGAGGGGGGUUUGGAAGAGGACGGGGAGGACCAAUGGGAUCCGCUGGACCGUUGGGGUCUGGAAUGGCAGGUCGCAGGGGACGCGGGGGUGGCAGAUUUGGGAAUCAGGAUUCGAGACAUUCGUCCAUGUCGCGGCGCAGUCGGUCGGUCAUUGACGUGGCGAGUGGCGCUGUGAGUCGGGAUGUAUCGUCAGAUGAGAGUGAUACGGAAGUGCGGAUCAGCAUUGACCAGAUUAAUCUCGAUGGCGACGAGGAUGAAUCCAACGAAGUCGUCGUGGAUAAGAAGGGUAAGGCCGUGGUGAAACAUGUCGACAGUCAUGGUGAAAAGGGUUUGCGGCCCAUUCGGGUUGAACGACAUGAGCACGAGGAGCGUGUGGUCAGCGUGAAUAUGGAAUCCAGCUCGAGUAAAUCGGCUGAGCUCCGUCAGCAGGCACAAGCCAAGACCACUGAGGAUAAUGCUCUAUUCGUGCCCGAGGAUGGAGCAGCUUCACAAGAGACGGAAUCCCGUGUGAAGCAAGAGCCUACAGACGGGGAGGACCAGGCCAUGGAAGACGUUGCCCCCCACCAGGAUGAAGCGGUGACGACGGAUGAUGGACUUCUACCGGUACAGAAGGUCAAGGUGCGCAGGAAUUUGGGCUCGAGGGAGGCCUCUACAGUCCACGAGACGCCGACGCCGACGCCUGCACCUAUACCCGUGGUCAAGGACCCCAAGAGUUUACUACGCACAAAGGAGGAUGUUGAAGAAUACGAUCGCCAUAUCAAUGAUCUCGAGAUGAUCAAGGAUCUCUUGUGGAGGGAGGAAAAAGAGCCGGGUGCAGAGAAGAGUUCCGGACCGGACACCAUUGCCACAGCCACAGACCAGGAGAAGGAUGACGCAGAAGACGAGGGAGAAGACGAAUCGACCAAAGACAAGCUAGCCGGUCAGCUAUUCUUGAUGCAAUUCCCUCCCAUGACGCCUAAUUUGAUUGUUCCGGGCGAAGGUGGGGAGGAUGUCGAUGCAGAGGCGGCCAACACCUCGCAACACGCUGCCGCGGAGAACACAGCCCUGAACGGCCGGGGCAUUAAGCGGGAAGAUGGCGUGGAAGUCCUAGAUGGGGCCGAUGAUAUCACGACCAGCCAACGGUCGAAGAUCGUCACCGCGUCCGACUGGCAGCUCCCGGCUGGUAGGGUGGGCAAGUUGAAUGUGCAUGCCUCGGGUCGAGUGUCGAUGGAAUGGGGUGGGAUCAGCUUCGAACUCGACCGCGCCACUGCGGUCGACUUCCUUCAAGAAGCUUUGAUUGUGUCAGAGAACAACGAGGAUGAUGUCGAAGUGCCGGAGGAGAACAAGGUGUGGGCGAUGGGACAGCUUAGCGGCAAGUUCACGGUGUCGCCCGAUUGGGGGAAGAUGCUAUGA